UCCUCUUUCUCUCACCAUUUUCUCUCUCUCUCUAGUUCCACACUGUUCGUAUAUAAUUGAGUUGAGUGCAGAUCCCGUGGUGAAACAAAAAAACAAUCUCUCUUUCUUUGUUUUGCUCUUUCAAGAUUUGGGUUUCUUCAAACUCAUCUCCUUUUACCUACAAACAGAAAGAAAAAAAAAGGAAAGAACCUUUGUUUGUUUCAUUCUUGUGUUGAGGACUUGAGAAUAUUGAAGAAGGCAAAAGGGGGGGUUUUGUUGAAAUGGUUUUCAUGCCUGAGAUUUUACUCACUGAAGAGGAAAAAUUUGAGGAAGGAGAGUGGGAGAAGGAGCGAUAAGAAGAGAAGAAUCAAUACCCAUCAAGCAGAAGUAGACAAAGAUAAAACAAACGAUUUUAUUUAUUUUGAUCUGCUUCUGCUGGGUGAUUGGCAAUGUCUACAACUGUGAUCAGUGACCCGAUGGUUAUAUCGGCGGUGCCGGAAGCUCAACCGGCUACAACUAGCAUACUAGUUGCACAGAGCGAUGUCGAAUUCGCUGUCUGUGACUGCUGUGGACUAACAGAAGAGUGCACCCCAGCCUAUAUAGAACGAAUUAGAGAGCGCUACCACGGGAAAUGGGUUUGCGGGUUGUGCGCUGAAGCCAUUAAGGAUGAGAUUGUGAGGUCUGAGAGGCUUGUCAGCACGGAAGAAGCAAUGAUGAAGCACAUGAACUUCUGCAAAAAGUUCAACUCAUCAGGGCCUCCUCCAAACCCAGCAGUGCAUUUGAUAUCAGCUAUGAGACAGAUUCUGCGGAGGAGUUUGGAUUCUCCAAGAGUUAGGUCCACACCAAGCAGUCCAACUAAGAAGACGAGCCGAGCAAUUCGCGGCGGCAGCUCGGGGCUUGCCAGGUCUGAGAGCUGCUUCUCUACUCUCUCUGGUGUUCCUGAUGGGAUUGGGAUUGGAAUAGAACAAGAUGCAACACUGGGAAUACUGUAAAAUUGGUUAUGGAAAAAAGGGGAAAAGAAAUAAAAGACAGAAAAAAUCAAAUUAGAUGCUUAAUUGUAGUUUUUUCAGUGCAGAACAUUCAAUCUGUGUUGUUAGAAGUUUGAACAUAAUUUGCUCAAAUUUUUUUUGCUUGUCUGA